CCUCUGCUCUCUAACAGCUGCAACACACGCUCUUCGUCCAUAGGCCUGUGGGAGAGAGAGGGAGAACACUUAGAUAGGUAAUAGUUCGGAUGUGCACGGUUCUGACCGGUCUCUGGAGUCGGCGAGGCAUCGCUGGAUCUGCCCCUUUAUCCCCAUCUUGGUCACCUGGCAGUGGAUGGCCUGCCGCAGCUCUGCCACCCUCUCUGCUGGGAGUGCCGUCGCGGACGACGACAUUGCUACUUGCCGCCUGUUUUUCGAACUCGAUGGAGUCACGCCCACUUCUUACUCGCGUGGUCGGCGCGCGUUCUCCAGCUAGAUAGCUCGUAGUCUGGAAGCUCCUUGGUUGGCUUGUUGCCGAGGCUGCCGAGGAGAUGGGAAAGCACAAGAAACACCACAAGAAGCGCUCGUCGCACGGCCACUCGGCUCCAGGGAGGAAGGAGCGAGAGAGGCACCACAAGAAACACAAGAAACACAAGGAGAGGAAGAGGCACGAUCAGGAUACGUUCGGAGGACUGAAGACAACGUCACGUGUGGAGUUUGGAGCAAAGCUCUGCCCAACUGGAGGAGGGGAGGGGGCCAGCCACGGGGAGAGAGGAGAGGAAGAAAGGAAGAGUUACGGUGGAAAAGGUCUUGGAAAGAGAGCUACACUGGAGCUGGGUGGCAGGGGGUCUCAGCGAGGCGACCGACCACAGCUGGGACAAAAGGAGCACCCCCUGUCUCUCUCCUACACUUCUCACCACCCUCCCCCUUCACACCCUCCCUCCUCACACACCUCCAAUUCUCACCACCCUCCCCCUUCACACCCUCCCUCCUCACACACCUCCACUUCUCACCAUGUUCCUUCCUCACACACUGCCUCGUCCUCUUUACCGCUAGGCCCCAAGCUCAGUGAUAAGUACCACCAGCACAAGAAGAGAAUGGUUGAGGAUAAGGAACCGGAUUCCCGUCCUACUCCCUCACUCCCACACUCCUUGCAAUCUUCUUCCUCAGUUGAAGCCACACCCUCACUCCCCCACCCCCUCCCCACCUCACACACGGCACCCUCCGAGCCACACAAACAUCACAAGAAGAAGAAGAAAAAAGAAGCAUUCGAAAUCGCACUCGGCAGAUGCAACCUCAGCAGAUCUUGGGCGUAG